AUGUCCCUUGAAGGCAGCUCCGAGUCUACUCAGGCUGGCGGCACAUCCUUACUCGUAGUUGGAAGCUUGGGCAUCGUCACGGUUCUCAGCCGUGUAGUUACCCACAGAACCAUUUCAAGUUAUCUCAAUCGUCGUCAUUGGUCGAAAACCUCGGCACUGGGGAUUUGGACUACUGUUUUGCGUGCGGCCUCGACCAGUAUUAACGCUUCGAGUUUGGAUCGUCACGGCCGUGGCUCAGGCUUCCACACACUUGUUGUCCCCCAAGGCAGUAUCUCUAGAAAACGAGACCCCCAUUUUGCCGUCAACGCCAGGAGCACUAUCAGCUCGAAUGGGGACUCGGAGGCUUGCGACGCUGUUGCAGAUUUCGGCAUGGUCUACAACCACGUUACCAACACAGUUGUGGACUGGGGAGUCCUGAUUCGCCAGUGUCGUCCAGUGACUGAAACGAUGCCACUGGUGCUUGUCGAAAACAUCCGUGCUCCAACCAGAGUCAACCAUGCCGCCAACGAGGCCAUCCAGUUCUUCGUCAUUGACGUGGCGACCGCCCCGGCGUGGGGAAUAAACUGGCACGCAAACAAGGGCUUACUCUCGAGCCCGCAGCCCGGCUUCCAAGACUCGAUGAUCAUAAUCGUUAUGUAUGGACGAUGGUGGCGCUGGUGCGAACUUGAAAACUCCACGGACGAGAAGUUGGCAUUUAUUGACAACCUUGCGGCGCGUCACGGCUUACAGCCUUGCCAAUGGGGGGACAACGCGGCGACGGGAUGGCGCUCUGGUGGUACAAGGAUCCGUGUAUUCUCACCGACAGCGUAUUCUCAGUGGAACAUGAACAUCGAAUUUUUUGAUAAUCAGGCCGUCCCCCGAAUCGGUUCCUGGUCAAAGGUCCUUGAUCUAGGAACACACGAGUCGCAUGUGCACCUCAGUGCUAUUGAAUCCAAGGUCAACGCCAUCACCCAUACCACCGACGCAUCCACAGUGUAG